UGGGGCAUUCAGAAUGGGAUCACAAACGCGGGCAAAGAGGAUCACAGUCUUCAGGAACCAGCAUAACUGUGGAUAUCGCCGUGAUGGGAGAGGCUCAUGGCCUCAUCACCGACCUCCUGGCAGACCCCUCCCUGCCCCCGAACGUGUGCACGUCCCUGAGGGCGGUGAGCAACCUACUCAGCACACAGCUCACCUUCCAGGCCAUUCACAAGCCCAGGGCCAGUCCCAUCGUUUCCUUCAGUGAAAACUAUACCUGUUCUGAUUCCGAGGAAAGCUCAGAAAAAGACAAGCUGGCUUUUCCCAAGCGCCUGAGAAGGAGUUUGCCCCCUGGCUUGUUGAGACGAGUCUCAUCGACUUGGACAACCACCACCUCGGCCACAGGUCUACCCACCUUGGAGCCUGCGCCAGUACGGAGGGACCGCAGCGCCAGCAUCAAACUGCAUGAAGCGCCUUCACCCAGUCCUGAUUCUUGGAAUAACCCCGUGAUGACAACCCUCACCAAAAGCAGAUCCUUCACUUCAUCCUAUGCUGUUUCUGCAGCUAACCAUGUAAAGGCUAAAAAGCAAAAUCGACCAGGUGUCCUCACUAAAAUUUCACCUCUUCCAUCACCCUGCUCCUCACCUCUCCAAGGGACUCCUGCCAACAGCCCGGUCAGCAAAAUUUCUGCAGUGCAGUUUCCAGAAUCUGCCGACACAGCUGCCAGACAUGGCCUAAGUUCUCACAGGACCUUAACUUAUACUCAGAGUGCCCCUGACCUAUCCCCCCAGAUCCUGACUCCACCUGUUCUGUGUAGCAGCUGUGGCAGACCAUAUUCCCAAGGGAAUCCUGCUGAUGGUCACCUGGAGAGAAGUGGUACAGCCACUCGGACACCAGGCAGAACAGAUGACACUGCUCAGGUUACCUCUGACUAUGAAACCAACAACAACAGUGACAGCAGUGAUAUUUUGCAGAAUGAAGAUGAGGCUGAGUGUCCAAGAGAGCCACUGAGGAAAGCAUCUGCGUGCAGCACCUACGCUCCUGAGACCGUGAUGUUCCUGGAGAAGCCAAUUCUUGCUCCUGAACCUCUUGUCAUGGAUAACCUGGAUUCGAUUAUGGAGCAGCUAAAUACUUGGAACUUUCCAAUUUUUGAUCUAGUGGAAAAUAUAGGAAGAAAAUGUGGCCGUAUUCUUAGUCAGGUAUCAUACAGACUUUUUGAAGACAUGGGUCUCUUUGAAGCUUUUAAAAUUCCAGUUAGGGAAUUUAUGAAUUAUUUUCAUGCUUUGGAGAUUGGAUACAGGGAUAUUCCUUAUCAUAACAGAAUCCAUGCCACUGACGUGUUGCAUGCUGUUUGGUAUCUUACUACACAACCUAUUCCAGGCCUCUCAACUGUGGUUAAUGAUCAUGGUUCAGCAAGUGAUUCAGAUUCAGACAGUGGAUUCACACAUGGACAUAUGGGAUAUGUAUUCUCAAAAACGUAUAACAUGCCAGAUGAUAAAUAUGGGUGUCUGUCUGGGAAUAUCCCAGCCUUGGAGUUGAUGGCGCUGUACGUGGCUGCGGCUAUGCAUGACUAUGAUCACCCUGGAAGGACUAAUGCUUUCUUGGUUGCAACUAGUGCUCCUCAGGCGGUGCUAUAUAACGAUCGUUCAGUUUUGGAGAAUCAUCACGCAGCCGCCGCGUGGAAUCUUUUCAUGUCCCGGCCAGAGUAUAACUUCUUAGUUAAUCUUGACCAUGUGGAAUUUAAGCAUUUCCGUUUCCUUGUCAUUGAAGCAAUUUUGGCUACUGAUCUGAAGAAACAUUUUGACUUUGUUGCCAAAUUUAAUGCCAAGGUGAAUGAUGAUGUUGGAAUAGAUUGGACCAAUGAAAAUGAUCGUCUGCUGGUUUGUCAAAUGUGUAUAAAGUUGGCUGAUAUCAAUGGGCCAGCUAAGUGUAAAGAUCUCCAUCUUCAGUGGACAGAGGGUAUUGUCAAUGAAUUUUAUGAACAGGGUGAUGAAGAGGCCAGCCUUGGGCUACCCAUAAGCCCCUUCAUGGACCGUUCUGCUCCUCAGUUGGCCAAUCUUCAGGAAUCCUUCAUCUCUCACAUCGUGGGUCCUCUGUGCAACUCCUAUGACUCAGCAGGACUCAUGCCAGGCAAGUGGGUGGAAGACAGUGAUGAGUCAGGAGAUACUGAUGACCUAGAAGAAGAGGAGGAAGCAGCAGCAGCAACAAACGAAGAAGAAACCUGUGAAAAUAAUGAAUCUCCAAGAAAGAAGACUUUCAAAAGGAGGAAAAUCUACUGCCAAAUAACUCAGCAUCUCCUGCAGAACCACAAAAUGUGGAAGAAAGUCAUUGAAGACGAGCAGCUAUUGGUGGGUGUAGAAAAUCAGUCCCUGGACCGGGGUCCCCAGCAGCACUCCUCGGAACAGAUUCAGGCCAUCAAAGAAGAAGAGGAAGAGAAAGGCAAACCAAGAGGAGAGGAGAUCCCAACCCCAAAGCCGAACCAGUGAAGAUGGAGAGAACGAGCCGUGUUUCCAAACAGAUUUACUCGUCACAGACUCUUCAAGCCAGCACAACACUUAGACACAACACUGUAGAAAGAAGAGAAGAUGGCAAAUGGCUAUUGCAUUUUGGGAUUCUUCGCAUUUUAUGUGUUUAUUUUUACAGUGAGGUACAUUGUUAAAAACUCUUGCUCAAAGAAGCUUUCACAUUGCAACACCAGCUUCUGAGGAUUUUUUUUAAGGAGGAAAUAUAUAUGUGUGUGUGUAUAUAAGCUCCCACACAGAUACAUGUAAGACAUUCACAUACCCACACACGUGCACACACAUACACACUGAAAGCCAGGGUUACUGGCUCCACAAUUUAGUAACAGUCAUAUUAAGAUAUAUAGUGGUCACUGUGAUAUAAUAAAUCAUAAAGGAAAAUCAAUCACAAAGGAAAUGGUGUGACUUAGCAGGGAAGCGGUGCAGCAGCAAAUGUAGGCUACCGACUAAGCAGCUUUUGCUCUUAGUACUGAGGGAUGAAAGUUCCAGAGCGUUAUUUAAAUUCUGAUACAUCCUGCCAACACCAUGUGUGUGCUUGUGUGUGUAUGGGUCUGUGUGUGUGCGCGUGAGUGCAUGAGAGCGAGCUCAGGAGUGUGCUCAGACUGAAAGGGUGCUUGUGUGCAUGUGCGUGUAUGUAAAGAGAGAUUUUUGUGGUUUUAGUAGUUCAUAGAAUAGCCGUAGAAGAUGACUCAGUACAUGUGAACAAACAGAAGAAAGUUUUUUCUGGAGUGUCCUUGAGAGGCCGCCAUCCCAAAUGUCCUCCUCCGUUUAGCUUCUGUAAAGGUCCCUUUGCAGAUAGAGGACAUUUGUGGGCUGGGUGAGAGGGCCAUGUGAUCGGUACUACUGCUAUACACCACUUGGAGGCACUCUGUCACCAGCCUCCAACCUGGAAGACUGAGGCAUUUUCCAGUCUACUGGCCUAAUGAAUGUAUCUGAGCUGUUUGUGGGUAUGUAUGUCACUCACCUAAGAUCAAAUCACCAUUUAAGGGGAUGGCAUUCUUUAUAUAUAAACACCUAGGAAGGAGCUGGAGUCGGGUCUUUAAAUCAGGUUAGAAUUCUGAAAGGAUGCCAAAGAAGGCCUGGAAAAUGACACUUGAAGUAAUCUCCUGUGUCUUCUUAAUUUGCUGCAAAAUGUAGGAUAGAAAACGAAAAAAGAAAGGCAAACACAAACCCUCUAUGGGUUGUAGAACAGGAGAGGAAGGAGAAAAUUUCAAGCUCGGGUUUUGGUGUUGAUGUAGGGAAAGUUGGAUCCCUGGCACCUGUUGAAGAUUGGCUCUGGGGGCUGAAGGUCCCACUGUCACCCCUGUUGUGGCAUUCCACGUGCUGUGUGAUGGGAUAGCUUCUAUCUGCAAUCUGACCCAUUGUCAUGCUUCUUUUGGCAGGGAAGAUUAUAGAGGGAUUGUUUAGAUAUUGGGCUGUUAUUGGAAGUCUUUUUUAUUUUUAUUUUUUGGUUUGUUUAUCUACACUUGUUUAUGCUGUGAGCCAAACCUCUAUUUAAAACGUUGAUACUCACUUUCAAUAUUUUAUUUCAUAUUAUUAUAUAUGUAAUGAAUAGUUAUCUUGAUGUAAAUAUAAAGAUUUUUUUGUUUGUUUCUGUAGAUAGUAAACUUUUUUUUAAAAAAAAAAGGAAAAGGGAAGCAUUUUUAUAAAGUUAUAUUUUAAUCACCAUUUUUAUACAUUGUAGCUACUAUCUCCAAGCCCAGUAAGAGAGUGAAGAUUCAUGUGCAUGAAGGUCUAUGGACAGCCACUCAUCUACCUAUUCUAAUUUAAAUGAUAAUCUGAUGUGAUUAUUUUUGCCAAUUAAAUGAGGAUGCUGCAAAGAAUAUUUUUUUUUCACUAGUAACGUCUGCUAACUGAAUGACUUUUGGGUCCAUGUCUCCCAGAUGAAAGACUUUCUUAACUACUACCAAAUUUUUACAAUUGAUGUCCAUUUCUUUCCAACACUUUUGGUUAUAACUCUUCCUUCAGUACUAUACACAGACCUGCACAUCAUCUAAACAAUCCUAGCUUCUAAGCAAACCUUGAUUGUGAUUUUUACUUUUUAUUUCCUCUGAAGUCAUAGAAGGGUGUGUUUACAUUAAAAAUGCCUUUGUUUCUCAUGAAUGGAUAUUGCAUUUUUUUCCUUCCACAGCAUGAUUUUACAGUAAUCUGUGGCAUUUUUCAAAUAAGGUAAAGAUAAUACAAUAAAAAAUAAACAUGGUUUCAAGGCAUUUUUUUCCAGUAAGAGGGAAAUGUAAAAAGGAGCAAAUGGAUGUAGACUCUAUCUAAAUAAUUAGACUAUAUUUUAGUAUAUUUCUGAGUUAACACCAGAUCUUCAUUAUUUAGGAAUUACUGAGUUAUUUUCAUUUUUUUAGUAUUGCCUAUGUGUCUCUGCAUUUGCAAAAAUUACUCGGAGUCAAAUACAUUUUCCGUAGUGAAUUUAACUGUUUUCCUUCCCUGGCGAAUAAGAGAAGAGAGAAAAGGGGGGGAAAAAGCAUUUAUACUAGUAUAUUUCUUGCAUCUAAUUACUUAGUGAAAAUAAUCUUUUCCCCUUCCCCAAUUUCUAUGCAUCUCUAAAAUAAAUACAAAUUGAAGAAAAAACUAAGCAUGAGCAAGUGGAUUGGCAGAACAGUUGUGAGUUCAUAACCAUAUAUUGACAGUUUUAUCAAAAUCGCGUGGCCCCAGGAAGGCUGCCAGAGUGAAGGUAUCAGCAAACUGUCUGGUUUUGCUUGUUUUGUUUUAAAGUACAUGAAAUAAUAAGAAUAACAGUGGUCAAAGCAAUUAGAACCUCUUCAUUCCAGAAUUGUGUUUAUUAGUCCAGGCAGAUUGAUAAUUUUUUCUUCAAAAGCAAACUGCCCUGAUAUUAAAGCUAGAAGUCAUUUGAAAUAAAGGGAUAGAGAACCACCAAGUGUGUGACUUGCAUAUAUAUCCAGUACACUCCAAAGGAUGCCGAGAGACCCAGAAAAGAUAUUUUCUGCUAGUGAUGCUAUUUUCUCCCCUUCUCGGUGACAGCAGUAUUGCUGUGUCCACUUCCAACUCUGAAGCUUACUUCCUGUGGUGCCAAUGUAUUUGUUGCAAUUUACUACAUUUUUAUAUGAGCUUGUUUAUAGGUGCCAUUAGAUAAACUCAGGUCUUUCAAAUGAAGGAGUUUCUAGCCCACUUAGGGACAAGGAUAUUUUAUAGACAGCCAUAAAAUCGAUGGUAGGAAAAGUUGGAACUGGUUCCCUGGAUAUCCAUGGUUGCUCUCUGUUAAGUAAAAGACCAGGUGUAUUCUGAGUGUCAUUAACAUCAUUUUCAGCCUUCUAGUAAAGUAUCUUUCCAGUCAUCUAUCUAAGCUGACCUUUAGAAAAUUGUUACCUUGUUAAAAAAACAUUUUUCGCUUUUUUUUUUUAACCUUAAUUUUUUUUUUUUUUGGUCUUUUUUAUAAGACAUGGUUAUGCUGUCAGUAAAAGAUGAAGACAGUCGCUCUGUACAGGGAUGUGCAUAUCUGUAUUGGCCUUCAUCUGGCAAGUGAAGGAAUCUCCUAUUAUGUUUAAGGAAGUAUCUACUUUCUAAACACAGAAUACCCAAUUCUGUCUGUUCCAUUUUGGUUGAAUUCCAGAACAGAUCCUAACCAUGGCAAGCUAAAUAAAACUGAAGAAAAGGAAGUAAAUGUCAUGCAGACUGUUCAUAUUACAUGUGUGUAGAUUGUUGAUUUGCUAUUUCCCCAUGUCCCCUGCCUGCCUUUCCCAGAGAACUUUCUUUGAAGGUAAAAGCUGUGCAAAAGGCAUGAGACUCAGGCCUAUUUGUUUAAAUAAUGGAAAAAAUAAGUUAUUUUCUAAGUAAUAAAAAUAUGAAAAUUAUCACUGUAAAUAAAGUCUGAGGUUUGAAAUGA